CCUUACCUUAUCAGCGAGUUUUAAGCAACCUAAAUCAUUACUCACUCACUCAAUACAAAACACAAAGCAAACACUCAGAGUGAGCAGGCUUCAGCAUUACUGAGCGUCUUGGGCUGACUAAUAUGGGUCAGAAAAGUUCCAGAGUUUCUGAAGCUCGAGUCCUCCUUCUAGGCUUGGACUUGGCAGGUAAAUCUACCAUCCUCUACAAAUUAAAGUACGACAAGCAAUUUUCCACAGUGCCAACAAUUGGAUUUAACGUGGAAAUGAUUGAUACCAAGAGAAAAAGGAAAAAGUUGGCCUUAACGGUGUGGGAUAUUGGAGGGCAGAAAAAGAUGAGGCCUCACUGGAAAAACUUCUACCAGGACACCGCAGGAUUGAUCUUUGUUGUGGAUUGCUCUGAUAGGGAACGCUUGAGUGAAGCACACAAGGAAUUUGACCGCAUUCUUAGAAAUGAACAGCUAAGGGGCCUUCCUGUGGUGAUAUUUGCCAAUAAACAGGAUAUUUCUGGAGCUAUGACGGUAGGAGAGAUCACGGAAACAUUCAAUCUGCAUAGGACUUGCUGUGAUCGAGACUGGUAUGUUCAGUAUUGCUCAAGUUCAGCGGGAGUAGGGCUGGAAGAAGGAUUCCGAAGAAUGGCGCGUCUUCUGAAACUUCCAUAGGACACUGUAAAAUAUUUUAAAUCUGUUGGCCAAAUGUUUAGGCUAAAUAAUUAACGCUGAAUCAACAAACCUCACUUGUUCACCUUUAACUCACCAUUAAUAAGCACAUUUGUUUCCACUUAACCAUUCUUCAGUAUUUCAUGACUGCAAUUUAAGAUUUCUUGUAGGAUUUCUUCCAAUGUUUGCCCAUGUAUUUCCUUCAAGUGGAGGCCAAUGCUUGACUAUGUUAAGAGCAAUGUAAUUCAAUACCAUAUUACAAGUCUUUGUGCAAUAAGUGCAGUUCUCAGUUCUGAUUCACUGAACUUGUGCAAAUAAUUUACUGCAAGCUGUAAACAUUGUCUUAAACACACCCUUGGUCCUGUUUUAUGAUAGACAUCAGAUAUCACAGCUGUCCUUUUUAAAAUGCAUAAGUAAAAAUGACAUUACAUGAUUGAUAGAACAAUAUGGCCUCUGUAACCAAGGAAAAAGUA